UCUCUCACUUGCUCAUAUUCUUAUUUCUAGCGUGUGAUGCAGCUGAUAUAACAUUGCAUUUGUACAAAACAUUGAUCUCGAGGAUUUUAACAAUAAUAUCGGCGUAUUUGGAGAGCGUCGCAUAAGAUGGAGGAGGUUACGAGGUUAGAGCAUCUGUCUCUGGUGUCGAAAAUCUGUACCGAAUUGGAGAAUCACUUGGGAUUAAACGAUAAAGACUUAGCCGAGUUCAUAAUACAUCUGGCCGAGAAGAACAGCACAUUUCCAGCGUUCAAGAAGGUACUGAUUGAGAAUGGAGCCGAGUUCUCGGAUUCCUUCAUGGCUAAUCUCCUUAGGAUAAUACAACACAUGAAGCCCGCAAAUACGUCCACCGAGAAAUCAUCCAAGUCUAUAAGCAGGCAGGAUGAACUGGCGCAAAAGUUCCCAGUGUUGGCAUUACCGAACGAAGAUCUACAGCGUUCUGAUACGAAUGACGCCAAGGACGAGGACAUUGUCAACGACGUUAUGGCCUCCUUAGAGGCGUUCGCGCCGUCCAACAAAAAGCAGUCUACAAAUACCGAAAAAAGUAACGAUCGGACUGACAGUAUCGAGAAAAAGAAUAAGCGAGGAAGGAGAAGCAGAAGCAGAUCGAGGGACAGGAGACGACACAGAUCUAGAUCAUCAGAUCGGAAGGAAAGGCGACAUAGAUCCAGGACGCGUUCCAGAUCGCGAACACGUCACAGAUCGCGUGACAGAACGCGCAGAAGACGUUCUGGGUCACGGGAACGCAGGAGGUCGUUGUCUCGCAAUCGCAGGGACGCGAGAUACUCGAGGAAACGUGACGCCGAUAGAUCCAGAUCCAAAUCUGUCGAGGAGACACUUUCUGCGGAACCGGAGGUAAAUAAAAUUUACGCGGGUAAAGUUGCGAACAUCGUGCCGUUCGGUUGUUUUGUUCAGUUGGAGGGUUUGAAACGCCGCUGGGAAGGCUUGGUUCAUAUCUCUCAGUUGAGGAGAGAGGGUCGAGUGGCGAAUGCAAGUGACGUGGUUUCUAGAGGACAGAAGGUUCUGGUAAAAGUUCUCAGCGUUGGCGGGCAAAAAGUAUCCUUGAGUAUGAAGGACGUCGAUCAAGAAACUGGAAGGGAUUUAAAUCCCGUGGUGCCGAUUGUAAAAGCAGAUGAAGACGAGAAGCAUCUGCGUAAUCCAGAUAGGCCUACUUCUUUGUUGGAACUUCAGGGUAAUUAUGACGAGGAUGAAACGUACUCGAGAAAGCGUGUGCAACGUCUAUCGUCACCAGAGAAGUGGGAGAUCAAGCAGAUGCUGGCAGCAUCGUGCAUCGACAGGAACGAGUUACCGGAGUUUGAUACAGAGACCGGGAUUCUACCGCGAGAGGAUGACGAGGAGGAGGAUGUGGAGAUCGAGCUUGUUGAAGAGGAACCACCAUUCCUGCAUGGUCAUGGCAGAGCACUAGGCGAUCUCAGUCCAGUGCGAAUAGUAAAAAACCCGGACGGUUCGCUGGCGCAGGCGGCAAUGAUGCAGAGCGCCUUGGCGAAGGAGCGAAGGGAACAAAAGAUGUUGCAGCGCGAACAGGAGAUGGACUCUGUGCCUACCGGUGAACAAGAUUGGAUAGACCCGUUGCCAGAAGCGGAAAGCCGCACGUUGGCGGCGAACAUGCGCGGCAUUGGUCUGCAAACGCAAGAUCUGCCCGAAUGGAAGAAGCACGUAAUAGGCGGUAAGAAGUCUUCUUUCGGCAAGAAGACCAACCUGACGUUGUUGGAGCAGCGUCAGAGUCUGCCGAUUUACAAACUGCGCGAUGAUUUGGUUAAAGCAGUUACGGAUAAUCAGAUCCUGAUUGUGAUCGGAGAGACCGGUUCGGGUAAGACGACACAGAUCACGCAGUAUCUGGCGGAGGCCGGUUUCACCGCGCGUGGCAAGAUCGGCUGUACGCAACCGCGACGUGUCGCGGCCAUGAGCGUGGCCAAGAGAGUAGCGGAGGAAUUUGGCUGCUGCCUGGGCCAGGAAGUGGGCUACACCAUUCGUUUUGAAGAUUGCACCGGACCAGAAACCAGCAUCAAGUACAUGACAGACGGUAUGUUGCUGCGCGAAUGCUUGAUGGAUCUCGACCUGAAAACAUAUUCGGUAAUCAUGUUGGACGAGGCGCACGAGCGAACGAUACACACAGACGUGCUGUUCGGCCUAUUGAAGCAAGCGGUAGGUCGUAGACCUGAUCUUAAGUUAAUCGUUACCAGCGCUACUCUAGACGCAGUCAAGUUCUCGCAAUACUUUUUCGAGGCGCCGAUCUUCACCAUACCUGGACGCACAUUCGAAGUCGAGGUAAUGUACACGAAGGAACCGGAAACGGAUUAUUUGGACGCCGCGCUGAUCACCGUUAUGCAAAUUCACCUGCGUGAGCCGCCGGGUGACAUCUUGCUCUUCCUCACUGGUCAAGAGGAAAUUGAUACUGCCUGUGAAAUUCUUUAUGAACGUAUGAAGUCAUUAGGACCGGACGUGCCGGAACUGAUCAUUCUUCCGGUCUAUUCGGCUUUGCCCUCGGAAAUGCAGACCAGGAUAUUCGAACCGGCACCGCCCGGCUCACGCAAGGUCGUUAUUGCCACGAACAUCGCCGAGACCAGUUUAACGAUCGACGGUAUAUAUUACGUCGUCGAUCCUGGUUUCGUCAAGCAGAAAGUCUACAACUCUAAAACCGGCAUGGAUAGUCUCAUAGUGACGCCGAUUAGCCAGGCGGCGGCGAAGCAGAGAAGCGGAAGAGCCGGCAGAACGGGGCCUGGAAAGUGUUACCGGCUUUACACCGAGCGGGCCUAUAGAGACGAGAUGUUGCCUACUCCGGUUCCGGAAAUACAACGUACAAAUUUAGCUACUACUGUGUUACAGCUGAAGACUAUGGGCAUCAACGAUCUUCUGCACUUUGAUUUCAUGGACGCGCCACCGGUGGAGUCGUUAAUCAUGGCGUUAGAGUCGUUACACAGUUUGAGUGCCCUCGACAACGAGGGUCUACUAACACGGUUGGGUCGGCGAAUGGCGGAAUUCCCGCUAGAGCCAAAUCUAUCUAAGAUGCUGAUCAUGAGCGUACAUCUUCAGUGCUCAGAUGAGAUUUUAACUAUCGUCAGUAUGCUGUCCGUGCAGAACGUCUUCUAUCGACCGAAAGAUAAGCAAGCUUUAGCUGAUCAAAAGAAGGCCAAAUUCAACCAAGCCGAGGGUGAUCAUUUGACUUUAUUGGCAGUUUAUAAUUCCUGGAAAAAUAACAAACUAAGUAACGCGUGGUGCUAUGAGAAUUUUGUACAAAUCAGGACAUUGAAGCGCGCUCAGGAUGUGCGCAAACAAUUACUAGGCAUAAUGGACAGACACAAACUGGACGUAGUGUCAGCCGGUAAGAACACAGUACGUAUACAGAAGGCAGUGUGCUCGGGAUUUUUCAGAAAUGCCGCAAAAAAAGAUCCGCAAGAGGGAUACAGGACAUUGGUCGAUAGCCAAGUAGUAUACAUUCAUCCGAGUAGCGCGUUGUUCAAUCGCCAGCCGGAAUGGGUAAUCUAUCACGAAUUGGUGCAGACUACUAAGGAGUACAUGAGAGAAGUGACGACCAUCGAUCCGAAGUGGUUGGUGGAAUUUGCACCCGCAUUCUUUAAGUUCAGCGAUCCAACCAAGCUCAGUAAAUUCAAGAAGAAUCAAAGACUGGAGCCGCUCUAUAAUAAGUAUGAAGAGCCGAAUGCAUGGAGAAUAUCUCGUGUUCGCAGGCGACGUAACUAAAAAAUACGCUUAAUAGUUUAUAUAAAUAUCGUUUUGUUAUAAUAAUUUGAUGUAUUUAUACUUUUGUGUAUAAUUUUCUCUUUAUGAAAAUGAUGAGAAUGACCGAAAUUAGUAUUGACUCAAAGUAGUGUAGCUUUUAUCAUUUUUAUGUAGCAAAACUUCUUGCAUCUAUAAUAACAAGACUAUGAAACAAAGAACAUUUUUAUUUUAUAUGUGUAAUGUAAUAGCUUUCUUGAUAUGUGUGUAACGAAAUGCUUUCAUUAUUAGGAAGCGAGAAAUGAAUACAAUUUACGACGUGGCGAAGAUGUUGAAUCGAUUUUUAUUAGAAUGCCACGAUAAGACUGGAGAAAUGUAAUGCGAUUAUUGAAUUAUGUACAAGAAUGUAGUUACAAAAAAGAAUUAUUUACAGGGCUCUGUGCGAUGUACAUACUUGUAAACAUUGUAAUAUAUUAUAUUCAUUUAUGUCACA